UGACUACGAGUCUCAUUUUUCUGGAAAAUACUGGCUUAAGUUUAUAAAUCGUAUUUUCCAAAUCACGUAUUUCGAUACAAACAUAUUCAAUAUUCAUUAUUUAUAAUCAUUGUGACCGACUUAAUCUACCAUGUCGAUAACACAUAACGUAGGUAAUAACUAUCCCGACUGCUUUUUCUUUUGAUUGAAGAUCAGAGUGAGAGUUUACACGAUGCCAUCUCAUCCUCAAGACUUGCAAAUGCCCAUAAUUUUGCAGAUUGACUAGAUGAUGGGAGUGCAUGGAUUUCACACGCAAAACCUUGGAAGCACGUUCAAAGGACUUUGUAAGAAGCUUCACGUUUCUUGAAAAAGCCCUCCACAGAGCAAUGGUGAAUCUCGACUCACAGAUGUCAAUUUCUCUCUGAGUUCUAUAAAUAGCCAAGGCAAAAAUGUGCUUGAAGAUGUUGGAAAGAGGGAGAAUAUGACAAGAACUCCCUCCUCCUCCCAUUGCAGCUUGCCUCAGUUUGGACAUCUUUUCACAUACCACAAGAAAGACUAUCUAAACUUAAACAUUUCCAAUGUCAUCCAUUGAAACCAAAAGCCACUCAAACCUCUAAUUUUUGAGAUGACACCGUCUAUAAGACAUCAUAAACAAUCUCUUCACCUCUUAAUCUUUCUCCUUCUAUUCUCUAUCUUGAGAAAACAAGGAAAAAAAACCAAGAGGACAACAAAAAUCUUCACAUGCAACUUCCCUAAUACAAAAGAACCAAAAAAAAAACAGAUAAAGGAAAGGCAAAAUGAAAGCAACCAAGGUAGUUGCGGCAACAGUCUCCGUCCUGCUCGUCGUGGGCGUAUGCAUCGGCGUGAUAGUCAGCAUGAAAGGUAAAGGCGGGUCGGAAAAUGGGGACCAGAUUUCGUCGAGUUCCAAGUCCGUGGCCGCCAUUUGCGCGCCGACGGAUUAUAAGCAAGCCUGCGUCGAUAGCCUCAGUGCGGUGGCGAAGAACGAAAGUGCCUCGCCGAAGGAGCUGAUUCAGGCCGCCAUCCAAUCCACUCUCGAGGAGGUUAAGGCAGCACUUAAUAAGUCAGGAUCGAUCGGGAGCUCAGCCACGGGCUCCUCCCAGAAGAUGGCUUUCGAGGAUUGCCAGGACUUGCUGCAAUUCGCUGUCGAUGAGCUCCAAUCCUCGUUCUCCAUGGUGGGAGACGGUGACUUGCACACCGUGAAUGAUAGGGUCUCGGAGCUUCAGAACUGGUUGAGCGCCGUGAUUUCGUAUCAGCAGACGUGUUUGGAUGGCGUCACGCAACCGGACUUGCAGAAGCAGAUGUCCAAUGGAAUGCUAAAUGCCACACAGCUAACAAGCAAUGCCUUGGCAAUUGUUUCGGCGAUUUCCGGGAUCUUGACCACCUUCAACAUUCCUUUAAAUAACAGUGCAAGCUCACGCCGACUUCUCGAGGAGCCCGAUGCCGAGGACGCCAACGGGCACCCAUCCUGGUGGUCUCGUGAAGAUCGGAAGCUAAUGGCGAGCCAAGCAAAGGGCCAAGUGAAACCCAAUGCGGUAGUGGCAAAGGACGGAAGCGGACAAUAUAGUACUAUCGCUGCUGCACUCGCUGCAUGUCCAAAGAACAACAAAGGCAGAUAUGUCAUAUAUGUGAAGGCCGGGAUAUACAACGAGUAUCUCACGGUUACUAAGGAUCAGGUCAAUAUUUUCAUGUAUGGAGACGGGCCGAGGAAGACGAUGAUCACCGGAAAGAAAUGCAAUCGCGAUGGUGUAUCCACCUUCAGAACUGCUUCUUUCUCGGUAAUUGGAAACGGGUUCAUAGGUAAGUCGAUGGGGUUCCAGAACACGGCUGGCCCUGAGGGCCACCAGGCCGUGGCGCUCCGAGUCCAAUCCGACAUGGCUGCGUUCUUCAACUGCAGAAUGGACGGGUACCAAGAUACCUUAUAUGUGCAAGCGCACCGCCAGUUCUACCGGAAUUGCGUCAUAUCCGGCACCGUGGACUUCAUAUUUGGAGACGCAGCAGCACUGAUCCAAAACAGCCUGAUCGUCGUGAGGAAGCCCAUGGACAACCAACAGAACACAGUGACGGCCCAGGGAAGGACAGACAAGCACGAGACCACCGGCCUCGUGAUCCAGAACUGCCGCAUCGUGCCCGAACAGAAGCUCUACCCUGCGAGGUUACAGAUUCGGUCUUACUUGGGAAGGCCCUGGAAGCAGUACUCGCGGACAGUCAUCAUGGAGUCGACCAUAGGGGACCUGAUCCAACCGGCAGGGUACAUGCCCUGGAGCGGGAACUUUGCACUCGACACCCUGUACUAUGCCGAGUACGCAAACCGGGGCCCUGGCGCAGCGACCAACAAGAGAGUGAAAUGGAAGGGCUUCCGCGUGAUAACGAACCGGAACGAGGCUUUGCAGUUCACGGCCGGACCAUUCAUACAAGGGAGCCAGUGGCUCAAGCCCACCGGCAUGCCUUAUCUGCUUGGAUUCAAAGGAAACUGAAGGCUAUUUGUUAAGGCAAGCGAUGCAGCAGAGGCAAUUGCACAAGAGAUAGAUUUAGUAAUUGGGAUAGACUCGAUUCUAUACAAAACCAUCGGGACGAGAGGCUGGUUUCGAUUGCCACCCCACAGUAGCCCAGAUUUUGUACAGCUCUUAAGUUAUAAUCCUAGUUCCACUCUGUUUUGUGUCCCUUUU